CUUAUACCUCCAUUGGCUUCUUCCCCUGUUCCAUUUCUCAAGGGUAGGGGGGAGAUGGUAUCACUUACUUUGACCUCCUCGAGUCCAAAAAUGGCGGUUCCCGCCAAAAGAUACCCCUCGUCUUUCCAACUCUCUUCACUUCCUCUCAACAUCAUUUCCCGCUGGGAGACGAACUCGGAAACCACGUUAAACAACACUACUAAUAAAAGGCCUCCUCUGCCUCCAGGGCCGGCGAAGCUCCCCUUCAUUGGCAACUUACACAACUUAGCCCUCGCCGCCGUCACCACCGCCGGCGGGCCACUCCCACACCGCGCCCUUCAAAGCCUCGCAUCCGAUUACGGCCCAAUAAUGCAUCUUCAGCUCGGCCAAGUCUCCGCCGUCGUCGUCUCCUCGCCGGAGAUCGCCCAGGAGAUUCUGAAGACCCACGACCUCGUCUUCGCGCAGAGGCCCCGGCUUCUGGCGGCGGAGAUCGGCACGUGGGGCGGCCAGGACAUCGCCUUCUCCCCUCUCGGCGAUUACUGGAAGCAGAUGAAGCGGAUCGCGACGACGGAGCUUCUGGGUCCGAGAAAGAUCCGAUCUUUAGCCGCAAUUCGAGAGGCAGAGGUGUCGAAAUUGGUGGACUCUGUUCGGGGCUCCGCCGGGCGCCCGGUCAAUCUCAGCGCGAAAAUCUACGAUUUGACGAAUGCGAUCGUUUGCAGGUCGGCGUUUGGAUCUGAGGGUGGGGAUUCGGAGGUGAUUGAGGUUAUGAAGGCGACGGCGGCGGUGGCGGGCGGUUUCAAUUUGGUGGAUUUUUACCCGUGGCUGGAGUCCGUGCCGAGCGCCGGCGGGUUGAAGUCCAAAAUUCAGAAGCUCAGGGAUUACCUAGACGUGAUUUUGGACAAGACGAUAAUGGAGCAUCGGCAGAGGAUCGACGACGGCGGCGGUGGAGAACGGCUGCCGGAGGAUUGUGAAUGUGGUGAUGAUGCUGAGGAAGAUCUCGUGGAUGUUUUGCUUAGGCUUCAAGGUAGCCGUGACCUUCAAUGUCCUAUGACGACCACAAGCAUCAAGGCACUCCUUACGGAUGUAUUUACGGCCGGAACUGACACUUCAUCCGUGGUAAUAGAAUGGGCAAUGGCAGAAAUGGUGAAACAUCAACGAAUCCUUGACAAAGUCCAAACCGAGAUACGAGAAGCUUUUCAACAUCAAGAGCCGACCGCAACCAAAACCGACACCAUCGAAAGUCUAUCUUACCUCAAACAAGUGAUAAAGGAAACCCUGCGACUACACACCCCGAUCCCUCUGCUACUUCCAAGGGAAAGCAAGGAGAGAUGUGUGAUCAACGGGUAUGAGAUCCCAGCCAAAACCAGGGUGCUCAUAAAUGCUUGGGCUAUAGCCAGAGAUCCUGCCAUUUGGGACGACCCGGAAAGCUUCAUUCCGGAGAGGUUCGACGAUCGUGAAGUUGAUUUCAAAGGAACGGAUUUCGAGUUCAUUCCGUUUGGAGCCGGAAGAAGGAUAUGUCCUGGGAUUGGUUUUGCUCUCUCCAACAUUGAGCUCCCUCUCGUGGAACUAUUGUAUCAUUUCGAUUGGGAACUACCUGAAGGAGAAACAACUGAUAAUCUAAACAUGGACGAGUUUUUUGGACUGUCCCUCUCCAUCUCCAAGUCUUCAUUCCUACCAAACUCCCAUCAUUCAAUGGCUUCGAAUGCUGCUACAUUCACAUUCCCUCUGCCGAUCCCAAUUCCUCCACUCCAUACCAAAACGAUCAAAAGAAGCUCCAUAACAAUCACAUGCAAAAAACCAGGCCACGGCCACCUUCUCCCACCGGGACCGGCGAAGCUUCCCCUGAUCGGAAACCUGCACAACCUGUUCAUCGGCCGGUCACCUCUUCCACACCACGCCCUCCGGGAACUCGCCGACGAGUACGGCCCUCUGUUCCACCUCCAGCUCGGGGAAGUUCCCUCCGUCGUCGUUUCCUCGCCGGAGAUCGCCAGGGAGGUUAUGAAGACCCACGACCAUGUUUUCGCCGACCGGCCAAGGAUUCUGGCGGUGGAUAUCGGCACUUGGGGCAGCCAGGACAUCGCCUUCUGCCCGCUCGGCGAUUACUGGCGGCAGAUGAAGCGAAUUUCGUUAACGGAGCUUCUGGGCGCGAGAAAGGUACAAGCUUUCUCAUCAAUCCGCGAAACAGAGGUCUCUAAUCUAGUAGACUCAAUCCGCCGCUCGUCUCAAAAUGGUGAGAACCCAAUUAACAUUAGUGAAAAGAUUUACAGUCUGUUCAAUGUCAUAAUCUGCAAGACCGCGUUUGGCACGCAUUGGAAAGAGGACGACAUCAUACAGUCGAUGCGGGAGGCUGCUCAGGUGGCCGGAGGAUUCCACUUGCUCGAUUUCUACCCUUCUCUGGAGUUUUUGCACGGGCUUAGCGGGUUGAAAUCGAAGAUCUUGAGAAUGAGAGACCAUAAAGAUGUGAUCUUGGACAGAGUUAUAGCAGAGCAUAAACAGAGGUUUGCAGAGAGACGGCGAGAUUGCGACGGCGGCGGCGGGAUUGACGAUGUGGAAUCCGAGGAUGGUGAGGAUUUCGUGGAUGUGCUGAUUAGGCUUGAGGAGGGUGGAGGGUUGCAGUGUCCAAUUACAAAUACAAGCAUCAAGGCCGUCCUUGUGGACUUGUUCGUGGCCGGAACCGACACUUCAUCGGUAGCGGUGGAAUGGGCAAUGUCAGAAAUGAUGAAAAACCCACGAGUUUUGAGCAAGGCACAAUCCCAAAUCCGACAAGCUCUAAAGGGGAAAGAUACAAUCACGGAUAAAGACCUACAAGGUCUGACCUACUUAAAAUCGGUGAUCAAGGAAACAUUUCGGCUACACCCAUCAAUUCCUCUCCUAAUCCCAAGGGAAAGCAAUCAAGAUUGUGUCGUUUCCGGGUACAGAAUCCCCGCCAAGACAAGAGUCAUAGUCAAUGCUUGGGCCAUAGGGAGGGACCCCGAGACCUGGGAGGAUCCAGAGGACUUCGUUCCCGAGAGGUUUGAUGGAAGCGAGAUCGAUUUCAAAGGGAUGCACUUUGAGCUGAUCCCAUUCGGUGCCGGAAGGAGGAUAUGCCCCGGAAUAUCGUAUGCAAUCGCUAACAUUGAGUUGCUUCUAGCACAUUUGUUGUAUUGGUUCGAUUGGGAGCUUCCGAAUGGAUUGAGGGCUGAGGAUCUGGAAAUGAGAGAGGUUUUUGGACUUGCUGUGGCUAGGAAGGAUCAAUUGUAUUUGAUUGCUAGGCCUUACGAGGCAAAGGAUUUGGAUAGUGGAAGUGUUGAAAUGGAGAUGGUCAAUGUUGAGUGUGAAUUGAAUAAUUAG